GGGCGGGGAGGGGCGGCCGUUAGGCCUGCGCGAGGGCAACCGCCCGACGUCCCCUCAGGGCGGCCCCGCGCGGGGCGCGCGCCCGGAGAGCCAUGGAGCCCAGCGUGGUGUUCCGGGGUGGCAGCCGCUGCUGGGGCAGCGCAGAAGCCGGCGGGAGGCCCACGGACGUGUUCGGCGCCGGAAUGCCGGGCUCAGGCUCGCUCUAUGGCUGCUACAAAUCACAGAAUGAAGAAAAUGUGGAGUUACCUCAGACCUACAGCUCUUCCCUUUCAACAUCAGAGUACUCUGCACCCAUGGACCCUUCCCUCUUGUACCCCCCCUGGUCUACAUGUGCAGAUGACAGCAAGCAGCCCGCCGCUCCUCAGAUUAACCUGAAGCCCAGGAUUCAGCCCGAAAGGAACGAUUAUGGCAGUGAAACAGAUUUAUAUGGACUCGUGUCAAACAUCCUGGAAGAACAAGACAAACCACAGCCGUGCUUUGCUGAGGGGAGUUGCCCUCCCACCCUGAAGUCGGUAUGGCCAGUGAAUGCGAGCAGAAUGGACCACCACGACCUGCUGGCAGAAAGCAGGCGUGCUGCAGCUGUCCCACAGCAGGGCUUCUACAGCAGUGAGUCUGUCCCUGCUGCUGACAAGCAGUUCCUGGCCAGUGCCAGCCUGGUGUCCCAGCAGAAAGCAGACGACUGUUACCGCGGCUUUGCCGGCGUGGAGCUGGAAGAGCAGAGCCUGUACCCUCCCAGGGGUGAGCGUGCCAACAUGCAGAGUAACGAGGGUGUGAAGACAACUCCUGUGUAUCAGAACUACCCCUACCUGAAAAACACCUUUUUACCCCAGGCUGGGUACUCAGAAGCAAUCAAAGACUCAGGAGCUGAUGCUUAUUCUUACGGAAGGGAGAAGAUGUGUCCCAAGGGAGCAGACGCACAGGUGCGCCCAAAGCGGGCAGAAACAUUCCUUCCACAGUGUCACAGAUACAGUGAAAGCACAGAUUAUAGCAGAUACACUGAAUAUUCUCAUCCUGGUAAGGCAAAGCCCAACAAGAGCACCAGUUGUAGCCUCCAAGAAAAUAGAAAGGUGGUAAAUGGAACCCCCGAGGCACCAUCUCUGGAUGCAGAGCCCUAUGCUAAAUUAUUUCAAGUUAAAUCAGGAACUCAGAAAAAAUUCGAAGAUACAAUUUCAGAUCAGCAUGACUUUACAUUUCCCAAGUCUGUAGGACUUGUAUCAGAAAAACAGUUUGCAAACGAACCUUCCUUCAGCACUGAUUUUGGGCAAAAAAUUGAAUAUGGACUAAAGUCUUUUGCAGCUUGUCCAGGGAAUAAUGGUAUGGAAAAGCAGCAGUUUUCCAAGGCCGAUCUUCAGAAUCCUGAAUUCUAUAAAUCACUCUCACUGUUGCCCAAUGCAGCAGUUCCUUCAGCAGGCUCUAGUGCGAGGCCAGCGUGGAUGAACAUCCAAACCAAACCCGCUGCUUCCACCCCCUUCCAGAAUCCAGGUCCUUUGUUGAAGGUGAAUAAUCAGUCACCUGCAUUUCCAAAAAGUUCCAGUCAUUCUAAUGAUGUUUUUCAGUUGCCAUCUUCAAAUUUGCCUUUAAAUUGUAAUUUACUUCACAAGUACUGUCAAGACAACCCAUUUCUCUCUGGCCUCGACUUGGGUUACAGUGCUGCGGAACGAGCUCGGGCAGCUGCAUGUGUGGAAGCCCUGGUUAGGGGUGGAGAAGAGAACAUCAUCGAGUACCUCAGUGAGAAGAAGCUGAAGCAGCCAAAUGGAUUCUGUGACAGUUACUUGGCUCAACAGUUUGGGAUCAUUGACAAUCUGAACAAACAGCGUUUCCAGCUGAAGCCGCAGAGCGAGCACUGCGACCUGGAAGGACAGAACCAGGCAGAUGGGGUGUUGCAGGACAUGUACCAAGAGCUCUUGGAGUCUCAGGGGCAGCUCCAUCUCAGGGCAGGGAGCGGGGACAGCAAUGCCAUCAAUCCUGGCAGCAGCCUGCAGGCUCCAGGCAUUCCCAACUGCGUGGUGGGAGACUUCAGGCGGAACCGGCAGCUGGGUUCCGGCACGUUCCCUGUGAGAUCCGCUCACCUCCUGGGCCGUUCCGUGGUGCCUCUGGUGGAGCCUCACACCUUGUUCUCCCAAGAUGAUCUUAAACGCCUCUACCCCUGUUUCACAGACAAGAUGUACAGUGACAGUGCUCUCUCUGGUUUUGUGUCAGCAUUUGGAUUUCAGAAGCAAGUGAAGAACCGCAGUGGCCCUGCCAGCGAGCUGCACGUGAGGCUGGAGGAGUGCUAUGAGCAGUGGAGAGCUUUGGAGAAGGAAAGGAAGAAGACUGAAUCAGCUCUUGCUAAGAAUUUCCAAGGGAAAAAGGUUUCCAGUACUAACAACAUCCCAAUUCCAAGACUGACAUCAAAUCCAUCAAGAGUCGAUCGCUUAAUUGUGGAUCAGCUACGGGAACAAGCCAGAGUUGUGACCUUACUGGGGAAGAUGGAGCGCCUUCGCAGUUCCCCCCUCCAUGCCAACAUCUCCACUGCUCUGGACAAACACCUGGAGUCCAUCCAUGUGGUGCAGGCACGGAGAAAGGAUGAGAUUGUGAACCCUUCCAACCGGCAGCGGCACGGCCCCCCCCGGUGCCAGGAUGAGAGAGUGGUGCUGGCUCUGGCCGUGGCACUCCGAGCGCUGUGCCAGGCCACGCGCAAGGUCCGGACCGUGCUGUGGUGCGCCUUCCAGAUGACCCUGCCCAAACCCUCCGCUGGAAAACGGGCCCGGGACAGAGUCCCCCAGGAGCUGGCACCGACCGAGGAGAAGCGACUGGAAAGCGCCGCGGGUGCGGCCCCGGCCCCGCGGGGGCUGAGGGAGGUGGGCACAGAGGGAGGAGCCCCCGCGCCCUGCACAGACCUGCUGCGAGGGGUGUACGAGAGAGGGGACGCCAGCGCCUCCUAAUCUCUGAUUCCUUUUGGUUGCUUCAAAGUUUCAACUGCUAAUGUUCGUAUUUAAAGCUGUAUCUUGACAAGAAGUGGGAUUUGCCUUAAGGGCUCUCAGGUUAAGCUGUUAACAGGCAGGGUCAGAUUGUUGGAAAGCCAAACUGGUGAAUGUUAACUUAAAAAAAUAAUCACACUAAUUCAUUAACAGCCAAGAUGUUAUUUAUCUCCUGCGGGUGAACCCUGGUGUCCAACUCUCCCGAUAACUUUUUAGUUUUGCUUUUGGAAAUAAGUUUUUAAAUAAUGGUUCUUAGAGACUGUGGCGUGACGGGGUGUGAGAUUGGUGUCAGAUCACAUUGUAAUGUAUUACAGUUUCCUUAUCGAACUAAAACCUGGAAACAGGAGGAAAAAAGCCUAAGAAUACCCAAUAUUCAUGUCAAAUUAGAUAUUUAAAAUACAAAUAUUUAUGAACUUGAGAUUUUAGAAUCUAUGUUUGGGAAAGGAGAUAUGCACCAGGUUCCACUAAAUUACCAAUUAUUGCUGUGUGAAACCAUGAAUGUAGUGAAUGUGUUCGGAUAUUUGGGCAUGCUCUUGGGAACAAAGGAACCUCUGUUUUAAAGUAUUUAAGCUUAAUCAAACUACGACAGGCACACAGGAUUGUCCUGCAGAGCUGUGCAGCAGCUGCAAUAAUGAGCGUUGUUUUUAAUGAAUUUAAAUUUGGAAGAGGUAGCGCAAAGUUCUGAAACUUGGGUUUUCUUGAAGUUAGUCUUUCACUAGUUUGGUUUGAAAUUUGAUUGUCGGCUUUUAGACUUCUUUGUUCCCCUCUGCCUUUGGGCAGCUCCCAGCACCGGUGUUUCCUGCAGCUCAGUCUGUAGGAACAGGAGUGGCUGAUUCACCGUGUGCUCGAGGAGGAGGAGGAUCCACCCUUGGGACAUGGUGGGGUAAAGUCACUGAGCUGUCCGUGCCUGGACAGCCUGGUACUGCCAGGGCUCUGUUCCUCCUGUGCUGGGAAUGCUGGUGGGCAGAAGGGGUGAUGGCACCAUAUAAAUUGCCACUGGAUGAUGUGACAGAAGCGACUGCAGAAGGCUCAGCAGAAGGUGGGUGAGCGUGUGAUCACUGCAAUGACCAGAAGCGCUGCCGGGGUGAGUGUUUUGGGGCAGAACAAGCACAACUUCACAGCAGUCACUGCACUGGGGUUUGUUCAGUUUAACCCAGGCUGUGUUGAUGUUAAAGCAAAACUGACUGUACUGGCUGGAGUCGUCUGUAGGAAAUAAAUUCACUUUUGCUGAA